AUGCUAAUGGAACAAAGCAUAGUGGGAGAGUGGAAAUGGAAUGAAACAUACCCCAAUAUACUAGAAGCAGCAAAGGAGACACUGGGAGUUAGUAGAGGUGGGAAAUACAUAGAAAAAGAAUCCUGGUGGUGGAAUGAAGAAGUACAAGAGGCUGUGAAGAACAAGAAAGAAGCUUUUAAGAGAUGGAAGAGAUCUGGUUUGGAGGAAGACAGGGAGACUCUGAGAGAAAUGAACAAGAUCAGUAAAGAAAAGUGUGCGAUUGUUAGAGAGAAAGGCUCGGCACUAAGCCCCCUACUCUUUAUUAUCAUUAUGGAUGUAAUCUCGGAUGACACGACAGAGGACACACCUUGGAGUAUGCUGUUUGCAGAUGAUUUGGUCUUGUGUGAUGAGAAGAGAGAACAUCUGGAAGGAAGACUAGAAGAUUGGAGAAGAAUAUUAAAAGAUGUUGGCUUGAAAGUUAGUAGACCCAAGACGGAGUACCUCCUACCGAGUGGCUGA